AUGAAGUUAGUUUUUAAAAAUAUAGACAAAGAUGGGAGCGGGAGCAUCGGUCUUAUACCGGAGGAAUCUGAAGAUAUGUGGCACGCUUACAACCUUAUCGCAGAAGGGGAUUCGGUCACAGCAUCAACAGUACGCAAAGUUCAGAAUGAAUCUUCUACUGGAUCCUCAACAAGUAGCAGAGUACGGACCACUCUUACUAUUUCUGUUGAAAACAUAGACUUUGAUACACAGGCGUGUGUUUUACGCUUAAAAGGCCGGAAUAUUGUUGAGAAUCAGUAUGUUAAGAUGGGGGCGUACCAUACCUUGGAUCUAGAGCUAAAUAGAAAGUUUACACUAAGAAAGGUACUUUGGGACUCUGUAGCUUUAGAAAGAGUGGAUAUGGCCUGUGAUCCAGCAAGUUCAGCUGAUGUUGCUGCAGUUGUAAUGCAAGAGGGAUUAGCACAUGUUUGUCUCAUAACCCCAUCUAUGACAUUAGUCAGGUCUAAGAUAGAUAUUACUAUACCGAGGAAACGAAAAGGAUUUGUGCAACAACAUGAAAAGGGUUUGAUGAAAUUCUAUGAAGCAGUAAUGCAAGGAAUCCUACGGCAUAUAGAUUUCAGUGUUGUGAAGUGUAUAAUUGUGGCAUCACCAGGUUUUGUGAAGGACCAGUUUUUUGAUUACAUGAUGCAACAGGCUAUUAAGACAGAUAAUAAACUUUUGAUGGAGAACAAAUCAAAAUUCCUGUUAGUUAAGGCAUCAUCUGGAUUUAAGCAUUCACUAAAAGAGGUUCUCCAAGAGCCGUCAGUAAUAGCUAAGAUAUCUGACACAAAGGCAGCAAGUGAAGUAAAACUUUUAGAAAGUUUCUACACCAUGUUGCAACUGGAGCCCGCAAAAGCCUUCUAUGGGAAAAAAGAUGUAUUGCGAGCCAAUGAAGCCCUAGCGAUUGAAACCCUGAUGAUUUCAGAUAAGCUAUUCAGAUGUCAAGACAUUCUGAAGAGAAAAGAAUAUGUCGGUCUAGUUGAUUCAGCAAGGGAGAAUGGGGCGGAUGUCAGAAUAUUUUCUAGUAUGCACGUUUCCGGUGAACAAUUGGAUCAACUAACAGGUGUGGCGGCCAUCUUGCGUUUUCCGAUGCCAGAACUUGAAGAUAGUGACGUAGAAGGCAACAGUGAUUCAGAUUCAGAUUAG